AUGUCAGAGAAGGUCUGCAUCCAAACACCUAUAUUCGUGUGGAAUUCUGCCGCCGACAAGGUCAGAGAACACGGGGCGUGCCGCAGCAUGGUAUGCGACGAGACAGCACUGCCGGAUUACUGGUGGGCAGCUUACUAUCGGAACGCAAACGGGUACCUCGGACUCGAAACGGAGAGGGACGACGAGGGGAACCUGGUGGGCGUGACCUCGUGGGCGAGACUGAUGGCCAAGGUGAUGGAGCCGGCCAAGACCGACAGCAUGUCCUAUUCCUGGUACAAGAUCAACGUGGUGGUGAAGUGGUUGGCGUCGACGGGGAAGACGGUCAUGUUCGUCUUCGACUCACCGGCGGAGCUGAGGGUCAAGAUCCAGGAGACGCUGCCGCGGAGACUGCGGAAGCGCGACAUGCUCGACCCCUUCUGGCCGUACCCCGCGCUGCUCGAGGACCUGGCGGGCGUGCAGGAGCGGUCGAUAUGGGCGCUCCGGGACUUCGUGCGGGUCAGGGAGAAGAAGCGGUCGGAGCUCUCGGCCGAGGAGGCACGGCGCUACCAGAUCUACCACGAAGUGUCGAGACACAUGAUCCACAACGUCGAGACGCUGGACACGUCCGUCAAGACGUGCCGGUCCAUCCUGGAGCAGCAGUCGGUCCUCCGGGAGGCGACGCUGGGAGCGGACGACGGGGCCAGGCUGAGGAGGCUGGCGGCUCACGAGUCUACGCGCCAGCGGGUCAUCUCGUCCGCGCACCUGCUCGAGGCGCUGCGCGACCGCUCCGUGGCCAACAAGGAACGGCUGGCGCAGGAGACGCAGCUCCUCUUCUACCGCCUGGCCCAGCACGACACCGAGCUCUCCCUCGAUCUCGGGCUGGAGAUGCGCAAGGACAGCACGGCGAUGCGCACCAUCGCCCUCGUCACGCUCGUCUUCCUGCCGGCCACCUUCAUCGCCGCCCUGUUCGACACAUGCUUCUUCGACUACGACGCCGACGACGGGCUGACGGUGGGCUACCAGUUCUGGAUAUACUGGGCGGCCGCCUUGCCCGUCACCGCCCUCACCGUCGCCCUGUGGGUCCUCUGGGAUCGCGGCCUUUCCAAGCGGACGCCCAAGUCCAAGGAUGUCAUGAGAAGCCCGACGUUUCCGGCCGUAAGCGUGGACGACAAGGCCUGA